AUGAAUGAUGAUGAUGCUCUGAAUCCUCACCACUCUCCAUCGCCCGACGCUACAAACGCAAAAACACUGCCCGCCCUCUUGAACCCCUCCAUAAACAUAACCCCGGUCAAAGACGACAGACCGCCUACCAUCACGUCUUGCCUCAUCCCACCUUACCCCAGUUACAGCAUACUUACCGCAACAUCUCUGUCUACUUGUCACCCCCGGAAGCUUUUACCUUCCAGUCACCAUCUGCCUAGCAUUUCACUAUUAGGAUACUUAGCUCCCACACUACAUCUGGGAAUACCUAAGCAGUCUUGGCCCCGUGUGCUUUGUUAUCUGACCCCCUCCCUCCGCCCCGGUGCUUUACAUCAGCAGCUGUCAGUCCGAGUCGGAGUACCCCUCGACGGUGACCGUACCAUCUUCCCCUCUCUUUCGCCUACCCAUCUACUCCUUGGCCCCCUCCCCCUCCAUCCUUCAUGCAAACCAACAGAUUCCUCCUCCCUCUUCGCCAACACGCAAGACGCACGAGCCAUGGCCGACUACAAGCUCAAGUCCGUCUCCUCGCUGUCACUCAAGCCGGGAGACAAGCAGGAGGUUGAAGUCGAGGGAAUCGAGGGCGCAAAGGUCCUCCUCCUCAACGCCGGCGGCAGUAUACAGGCUGUUGGCCCCAAAUGCACCCACUUUGGCGCACCACUCGUAAAGGGAGUCUUGACCACCUCUGGUCGCUUGACAUGUCCCUGGCACGGAGCUUGCUUUAAUGCCAAAACUGGCGACGUUGAGGAUGCCCCUGCUCUCGACGCCCUUCCCGUCUUCAAGGUCACCGAGCGCGACGGCGCAGUCUACAUUUCUGGCGAAGAGGCCGCGAUCAAGGGCGGUCGCCGCAAGCCCAACUUCAAGUGCAAUGCCGCUGGUGGUGCCGACCAAGAAAAGGUGGUCAUUGUUGGUGGAGGUUCUGGUGCUCUCGGAGCUGUUGAGGGUCUGCGCAACGGUGGCUACGACGGUCCCUUGACCAUCAUCUCCUCUGAAGGCUACUUCCCCAUAGAUCGCACAAAGCUGUCCAAGGCUCUCCUGACCGACGUCAACGCCCUGCAAUGGCGCGACGAGGCCUGGUAUAAGAGUGGCUCCGUCGACUGGGUCGCCGACGAGGUAACCGACGUUGACUUCUCUGACCGCAAGGUCACCACCAAGAAGGGCGACAGCGUCCCCUAUACCAAGCUCAUCUUGGCCACCGGCGGUACGCCCAGAAACCUGCCCCUCCAAGGGUUCAAGGUGUUGGGCAACAUCUUCACCCUCAGAACUGCCCACGACACGCAAAAGAUUGUCAAGGCCAUUGGCGACAAGGGCAAGAAAAUUGUCAUUGUCGGAUCCUCCUUCAUCGGUAUGGAGGUUGCCAACGCCACCGCCAAGGAGAACACAGUCACCGUCAUCGGUAUGGAAACGGUUCCUCUGGAGAGGGUUCUUGGCGAGAAGAUUGGCGCUGGCAUCCAGAAGAGCCUGGAAAAGAAUGGCGUCAAGUUCCACAUGAAUGCUGGCGUUGACAAGGCAGAGCCAUCAGCCACGGACGCUGCCAAUGUUGGCGCGGUAUACCUCAAGGAUGGCACCAAACUCGAGGCUGAUCUAGUCAUUCUCGGUGUUGGUGUCGCCCCCGCUACUGAAUUCCUGAGGGAGAACAAGGUCAUCAGAUUGGAGGACGAUGGCUCGAUCAAGACCAAUGAGAACUUUGAGAUCGUUGGUCUCAAGGACGUGUACGCCAUUGGUGAUAUCGCAACAUACCCCUACCACGGUCCUGGAGGCGACGGCCGGUACACUCGCAUUGAGCACUGGAAUGUCGCCCAGAACGCUGGUCGCUCCGUUGCAAACAACAUCAUCAACUCAGCCGUCAAGACGCCGCACUUCAUCCCCGUCUUUUGGUCCGCACUGGGCUCACAGCUGAGAUACUGCGGUAACACCGUCGGCGGAUGGGACGAUGUCGUGAUUCAAGGCAAUGUGGAAGAGUCGGCUUUUGCUGCGUACUACACAAACGGCGAGACGGUUGUCGCUAUGGCCUCCAUGGGUAAGGACCCUGCCAUGGUUCAGUCAGCCGAGUUGAUGUCGCUCGGAAAGAUGCCUUCGAAAUCGGAGCUGGCCAAGGGUCUCGACAUUACCACUAUCGGAAUUCAAUUAACAAGGGGUGUUUGUGAUAUUUCCACAGCAAAGAUGGAUGCCGUGCCCGCGAAUGAGGGACACUCGGGACCGAGCGCUGUGUUUGUACCCGAGAUGACCGGUGUGGGGCGGUGGCUGCGUUUCCGGCCACGCCAGGACCAGCGGAGCCGGGCAAGUGCGGAGCUUGCAAACCACCGCCGUCGACGCCGUCACAAUGGCGCGGGACUGAAAUGCCAAAUGUAUAAAGACCUCAUCAUGCAUCUCGUACACAAGUUUGGAUGGACGGUCGAACCACACUACGCUUUUCAUCCAAUCUUACCUUGA